UUGUUCAAUUUGUUGAUUCUGUUCCAUUUCUAAUUCUCUCUUCUUGGUUCCUCUCUAUUUUGUCCAAUUUCUGUAUGCUAAAUUGUGCUCUCUCUUUUUUUUCAAUAGUUGUUCGUACUCUUCAAAAAUGUUGUCAUACCUAUAAUGAAUCUUCUAAAAGUACACUAAUUUUGUAGAAUUAGACAUGUAUUUUGUCGAUAUUUUUGAAGAUUCGAGCAAUAUAGUGUUUGAGUUUGUCUAGCUCCAUUUUGUGCUAUUGUCAAGUUUAUGAUCAUUGUUCUAUAUGUUUCUUUUUUGUCUUUCAACUCUCUCUACAUUAUUGUUCUUAACUUUUGCUACUUAUUUUUUUUCACACAAUUAAAUUUUGUACCUACAUUGUUCAUGUGUGGGGCUAAGUUUGUAGUACUAUUUCUCCAAUAUGAUUUGUAAAAUCACCGCCACUUUUUUUUUUAUGUUUCCGCUCAUUUAUUAUUAAUGACGUGAAAUUACUCUGAACUCGUUACUUUAAACAAGAUUAGAUAUGUAAUAUGUUAUCAUGAUAGUUUUAAUAUGUUAUUGACUUUUCGAAACAAGAAAAUUUAUGUCUUUUUCCCAUUUAUUAUUAUGAGGUUUAAAUGUUCUUGGCCCAAAUUUUGCUUCUUUCACAUCUUUCUAGAGUGCCCAAAAAGGUUGCUCUCAAAUCAAACUCAUUACUACUAUGCUUUCCCUACUUUGCUGAAGGUUAUAUGUUCGUAUUCAGGGAGAAUAAACAAACUGAUAGGGAAAUCGAAACGAGGGACACGAUAUUUAAAGGUGAUAUUUCAUGACUUUCCUGGUGGAGCUGAGAGUUUUGAGCUAAUUACAAGAUUCUGUUACAGCAAAGGGAAGAUUGAGAUAAAUUCUGUUAAUGUUUCAACUCUAUAUUGUGCUGCCUCAUAUAUGGAAAUGAAGAAAUCUGUAUCAGGGAACCAAAAUCUGUUUGAACUAACUGAGAAAUCGCUCGAAGAUGUUAGGUAUUGGACUUGGUCUGAGCUUCUUGAUGCUCUAAGAUUGUGUCAAAAUUUGAUGCCUGUGGCAAGUUCUUCAGGUGUAAUUGAUAAAUACCUGGAUUCUCUUAUUGGGAGGGUUGCUUCUUCGUGUGAAACGAGCCCUUGUCCGUCAACUUCCUCUGCUGACAGCUCUGGAUUUCGGUUGUCUUGUGAUACGAAAAGUACAGAGAGCUUGAGAAAUAGUGCAUUUCGAGCAACAUGGUGGUUUGAGGAUCUUGCUUCUUUCGAGCCGUUUUUGAUUGAAACUUUGGUUAAGCAAAUGGUAUCCAAAAACAUUGACCAUGGACUUCUUAGUAAGUUCCUCUUCUGUUACCAAAAAUCAAGAUUUUCAGUGGCGGACGAGAAAUGCAAGACCAUGGAGACUGUUAUUGAGAUGCUUCAUUUGCUAGAUUCAAGCUGCAUUUCCUUCAAAACCUUGUUUGGAAUGCUUCGAAUUACUCUAACUCUGAAGAUAAGCAAGUUCUCCCGGAACAAGUUAGAGAGCAUGAUUGGCUCCCAGUUGGAUCAAGCGACUUUGGAUAACCUCCUGCUCCCGUCACCUGUUGGAUCGAGUUAUUUAUAUGAUGUAAAUUUAGUUCUUAGGUUAUUGAAAUCAUUCAUCAGCAAAGGGGCAUGUUGUGUUCCGUUAACUCGAUUGAGGAAAGUUGCUAGCUUGAUAGACUUGUACAUAGCAGAAGUAGCUCCUGAUCCAUGCCUAAAACCUUCCAAGUUCCUUGCCCUGAUCAGGUCGCUCCCCGAGUCUGCUAGGGACUCAUAUGAUGCCAUAUACCAUGCCACGGUUAUGUAUCUCGAGGUUCAUUCAGGGUUAUCCGAAGAGGAAAAGAUGAACGUAUGUAGUGGACUAAGCUACGAGAAGCUAUCAUCGGAGGCUUGUAGCCACCUUGCUCGUAACAAAAAGUUCCCUUCAAAAUCUGCUGGACAAGCUCUCAUAACUCAGCAAGUAAAGCUCAAAAGCUUACUUCAAGAAACCAAUCAAGCCAGUCCAUACCUCGAUUCGCCUUGUAGUUUGCUGGAAACAGGAAGUCCAGGACAUGAAGAUCAACAAAUCGUGCUAUACGCGGGAAAGCUAGAUCUUUCAACAGAGAAUGAGAAGCUCAAAGAACAUUUACAAGGCAUGCAAUGGAGAGUACUAGAAUUGGAAAAAGCUUGUAGGAAAAUGCAAAAUCAAAUGGCAAAGAUGUUGAAAUCAAGAAUAUCUAGCCAUAAUAAUGCUAGAUCAUUACCUAGGCUAUGUUCUUGAUUUAUUUUACUAUAAUCAAUAUUAUUAUUUUUUGAAAUGUUUUGUGUCAAUAGCAAAGUCUACUAUUACAAUUACUCCCUCUAUUCCUCUGUCUCAUUUUAUAUGAUGUACUUCCUUUUUAAUCCUUAAUGAAAUAAUUUACAGUUACACAAAA